AUGUCAGAAGAGGGUGAAUUUGGUGAGUUGCGUACAGACUUGCGAAAGCAAUAUGAAGCAAUCUUUAGUUUAAAGGAGGAAAGUGGAGCCAAUAUCUUCCCUAUUUUCAAUGUUUUGCCAAUAAAAAAAGAUUAUCCUGACUAUUAUGCAAUAAUAAAAAAUCCAAUAUCUCUCAAUACUUUAAAGAAGAGAUUACCUCAUUACACAUCUCCACAAGACUAUGUUAAUGAUGUCUCUCAAAUUCCAUGGAAUGCAAAAACAUAUAACUCAAAGGGCUCGUUAAUAUACAUUUAUGCUGACAUUCUCGAGAAGUUUCUGAGAAAUGUCUCGGUACCACAGUUACAAGCAAAAUAUACAAAUGUUAAUUACCCAAAUUUGGGACCACUACCAGAUGAAAUUGAAGAGAUGAAGAAGAAGGAAGCUAUGAUGAAAAUAAGAACAGCAUCAGCUUCUCCAGUUGCUCUUGGGAAUGCAAACGAAGUGCCAGCUAGAUCCGGGUCCAAUUCACCUCUGCCUCUUACAUCUAUGUCCAAUACCCCACAGCCAGUUACAGAAGUCAAACAACCAAUUCCACAGCAGAACGGGGGCAUUAACGGCUAUAAUACCUCUAGGCAAAACAUGGCAAUGCAGGGUAAUAACUCAACGGCGAAUAGAAGAAUGGAACAAACGGUGAUUUCAAUGGGUCCAAGUAGGGUACCUAUGGCUCAGAUUAGCAGUCGAGUGAGUCCACAUCCUAUUUUACCCAAUAGAUCCAUGUCAUCAACACCUAUCUCUCAUUCUCCGGGUGCUAUUCUAAAGCCUUCGAUUCAACAGAGAUUACAAACCAGACGUGGUCGUCCACCAAUUAUAGAUUUACCGUAUCUACUAAGGAUUAAAAAUAUAAUGAAGAUGAUCAAGCGUGAAGUAGACGAUAAUAACCAAACCUUGACCUUGACAUUUGAAAAGCUGCCUGAUCCGGAAAGACAUCCGGCAUAUCGUCAAAUUAUCAGCAAUCCUGUUUGUUUAGAUGAUAUAAGGAGGAGGGUAAAGACAAGGAAGUACAAAAACUUUGGAUCUUUCCAAGAUGAUUUCACUUUAAUGAUCGAGAAUUAUAAGAAAUAUAAUCAAAACAAUCCAAUGCUUCUCAAUACUGCAAGGCUUAUGGAAUAUCAUUUCAGAAAACUAGUUGAGAUUGAACUUUCAAAACCAGAUAGCGACUUCUUGCCCGAAGGUGAACUUCGAUACCCACUUGAAAAUAUUGAGGUGAGGGGUAAAAUAUAUGAGAUAGGUGACUGGGUCUUAUUAAAUAAUGCUAAUGAUCCAAACAAGCCGGUUGUUGCUCAAAUUUUUAAGCUAUGGUAUACUAGUGAUGGUACAAAAUGGCUAAAUGCCUGUUGGUAUUUCCGUCCUGAGCAGACAGUUCACAGAGUUGAUAGAUUGUUUUAUAAAAAUGAGGUGGUAAAGACGGGUCAAUAUAGAGAUCAUUUGAUUAACGACCUAAUAGGAAAAUGUUAUGUUGUUCAUUUUACAAGAUAUCAAAGGGGCAAUCCUGCUACACCAUAUGAGGGACCUUUGUUCAUUUGUGAGUUUAGGUAUAAUGAGAGUGACAAAGUCUUCAACAAAAUUCGAACAUGGAAGGCUUGCUUACCUGAAGAGCUGCGUGAUCAAGAUGAAGAGACAAUUCCUGUAAACGGCAGAAAAUUUUUCAAGUAUCCAUCGCCCAUUAGGCAUCUAUUAAGACCAGAUGCUACACCUCAUGAUAGAAUACCUGAACCAACGGAAGGAGAUCCUACUGCACCUCCUCUAGUGGGUGCUGUCUAUUUAAGACCAAAAGUUGAGAGAGAUGAUCUAGGUGAAUAUUCAACUUCUGACGAUUGUCCAAGAUAUAUAAUCAGGCCUGGUGACCCGCCAGAAUCCGGUAUUAUUGAUGAAGUUCAUGGUACAAUCAUAACCAGUAUGCAAACUGCAAAUGCAUUGCCAAGAACAAGUCAAUCUACUUCACGUCUGCCGGCAUUAAAACAAACUAAAUCUGCCGCCAGCAAUGAAAACAUGGUACAGCCAACCAAGGGUAUGUCAUAUCAAAAGCCAAUACCUCCAGUAGCAUCGAAUAGGACGAUGCAGUCUCAUAAAGUGCCUGUGUCUACGUUGCCACAACGGCCCGAACAAACUAUUCAACCUCAAAAACUGUCUACUGUUGAAGCAUUAAGACAAGGCCCUAUUCCAACAAAUAUCAGUUCAGUUUCUUUAAAUGAAGCUGUGAAUGACAUGAGCCAGCAGGCGGCUAAGAGUGGAAUGAGAUAUGUGACUAUAGAUGUACCUCAUUCCUAUGUUUUGCCUAUGGCAGGAAUCCCUAAACAUAAUGAAGUUAUGACAACUGAUGAUGCAAACAGAUUAAGGGGGUCUAGAUAUCAGGCAAAUAAUUCUCAAAGUGAAAUUCUUUGGUUUAGAGGACCUAGCAUUUCAAUCAAGGAAAGAUAUGUGGACAGUAUGAAUUCAUUCAAUUCACUGGACCUAAAUCGGUUAACUGUACAUAAAAAAAGGAAACUCGACUAUGAGGAAAUUGAAGAACAGGGAGUUGAUACACACAUGUCAAUUGAUGAUAAAGGCAACGUAACUACUGAGGCAUCGCCUGAAGGUUUACUAACUCAAGGUAAUGAUAUGCACAUGGAUUCUGCUCAUCAAUCCGAUGAUGACGAUGAUAAUGCUGAAGAAGAGGGACAUCUAAGUGAAAAACUAAUAAGCACAUCAACUAUUGGCUUGAGGCCUUCGGCUAAAUUCAUUAUUCAUAAGCACAAAUAUUCUACUAUUGAGAACAUCAUAACGUAG